AUGAAAGCAUAUGCUAUUGUUCUCAUAGCUUGCGGGUCUGCGGCCAUAGCAAUUGUAGUAUUGUGUUGUCUGUGCAUGGGAGGCAGACAAAGGAAACGCCCGACUGUAGAGAGGAGUGUAGCUCGCCCGUCAGCUCGAGGUAUGGAAAGGGGACAGAACUCCCAAAACGUUGGCUCAAAAGAUGGUGAAAUGGUGAUUUUUGCAGGAGCAGGUGCUGCUAUAGCCACUACUAGUGUUGUAACUGCUAGCAGUGGUGAUGAUGGUGGUGGCGGAUCUGGAGAUGAUGGUGGUGGUUGUGGUGGCUGUGGUGGCUGCGGUGGCUGUGGUGGAUGA